AUGACAGUUUUGAAGAGAUAUGUUUUGCGGUUGUUCAUAUCAUUGAAGUACAUUACAGCGAAUGUAGUGGACAGAAACAAUGGGCGGAUUGUUGCAACAGCAUCUACAGUUGAACAUUCUAUAAAAAACUCGCUUGAAUGUGGUCGGUCCUGCAAUGCCAAGGCAGCAACAGUUGUUGGAGAGGUCUUGGCAAUGCGACUCAAAGUGGAGGGCCUUGAACAAGGACAAGGAAGAGGGAUUCAUGUCGAUGUAAACAAAGAAGUUGAGAAAAAAGGUUUCAAGAACCGCACCAAAAUAUGGGCAAUUGUCAAUGCGCUCAAGAACAAUGGAGUCAAACUCGUUCUUGACGAUAGUGAUGAUGAUGCUUCCAGGCCAAGUUUCUGA